UUCUAUACCACAAGCGGUAUCCCCGAGCUACACUCGGGCUUACCAUGCAGCGCUGCUCUGGGGGUCCCUGCAGCACUUACCUUGUCCUUCGCUCCCACGAUGUGUCCCCUGCAGCGUCCCCGGCCAUCUCCUCCGGCGGAUGCCGGCAUCCGGCUCCUAUGUUCCGGUCCCCAUGACGUCGGGAUGUACGGGCGCCGCCGGUGGCGGCAAAUUUUAAAAAUGUUAUUUUUUUUAAAUAUUGUCCCUAGUGCUUUUGUCCUGUGCCCUGCCUGCAUUUUUUCUGUUCUUUCU